AUGAGCCUGCGAAGCCGACAACACCCCAGCGCGCGCACUUCGCUGCUGGGGUAUGACGUGGGCACCUCGUCUUCCUCGUUCGUUGGCGGUACCUCGGCCGAGGUUCACCAGGGCCAUGCAGCAGGGCGGGCCGACGAACUGCUGCUGCAGGGCCACAACGACCAGAAAAUAGGCGAACUCGAGCGGCAGGUGGGCGCCAUCAAGCACAUCACGCUCGAGAUAGAGUCGGAGCUGCAGAACAGUAACCGGAUGCUGGACGAGAUGAACUUCACGAUGGACAACACGCGAGCCCUGCUGGAGGGUGCCAUGAAGCGGCUGGAGCAGGUGACCGCCGCCGCCGGGUCGCGGCACAUGGUCUACCUCUUCAUGUUCUGCUUCUUCGUGUUCGGCCUCCUCUACUACCUCAUCCGCUAG